AUGGGGCUGCGGGCCGUUGUGCUGAGCUGGGUCGCCAUGACGCGCCGUAGCUUUGGUGCGCUCAUCGAUGCUGAUAGAACAGUGGCGUGUGAAGGUCUGCGGGAAAAUGCUACUCAGCUGGCAGACGUCUUUAAGUCGACGAACUGGGAAAGAGCCGCAAAACAAAUGCUGACAGAUGGGUAUGGCGUGCCGUCGGACAAAGAUCGCUUGAGCCCGCAACAGCUCUAUCAUCGUCGUAGCAGCCAAGAAGACGUCGAGGCAUGGCUGAGUGCUGGGGACGUCUGCAGCGGGCAUCGAUGCGACAAGGAAGCUUGCCCCUGUGGCUGCUUGGCUGCCUUUGAUUCCGGGCUAAGUCCGUCUCGCGGUUUGGCUUUCCUGUCUUGUCUUUAG